AUGCCGUCCCAAGUUCUUGUUCAAUUCGAGACAGGAGAAUACCUAGACCUAAAGGCAGCGUUUGAAAAACGUCCUAAAGAGGCUCAAGACAUUUAUACGAAGGUUGUGAGUAUGUUCAGGGGGGCGAAUCCUGGAUCCAUUGAAGAGCGCUUUUACACAUAUGGACAAGAGUUUGCUAUUAUCGCGCUCUACAUUGCCACGAAUAAUAACUACAAGGUCUUCAGAGACAUUGGCGACCUUGACGCUAAAGAUCGAGUCAAGCUCAUCAAAGACACGCCGGGGGCGAAUAAAGGAAACACAACAGCUUAUUCCUCCGCUAGCAAAUAUACGUUCAGAUGCCUCACCGGCCCCUCAACCAGCGAAUCAGCCCUCUCCGAUCUCUCAGGCAACAAGUCCAUUAAAUCCUAG